UUCCGUUCAUUCAUUUCUACAUCCGCACCCACACCCACACCCCACCCCACCCCCACCCACAACCUAACAUCUAUUCAUGAAUGAGUCGAGUUUUUUAUCUACUGCCAAUACAAGUUUGUCACUGAUUAAAUCAUAAAAGUUUUUGGGUUCGUCGAUUCUUUACAAUAUUUGAAGUUCUUUAAACGAGCAGGAAGCAUAUUUUAAAAAAAUGCUUCAUUUCUAAGUAAUUUGACACUCUUCAAAAUAAAUACUUCUAAAUAUAGUUACGAAUAUUGCUUAGCUGAAAGAACUGUUUUUCAUGCAUACUUCGACAUGAUGAUAUCUACUUGUUGAUGGAAGAUAGUUAAUUAAAUGUAGCAAAUAUAACAUUGACAAAAUUUUAUUGAUGAAGUUAAACUUCGGUACGACAUAUAUAUCUUAUAUUAUGUAUGAAAUUCAGUGAACAAGAACCUUUAUGCAAACAAUAUUUUAACCAUGUCAUGUUCAAUAAAUUUUUGUCAAAAUGAUGGCAAAUACUUUGUUUUAAUUAACUCUAGUCCAACACCAUAUUGUUUAUAUAACAAAUGUUUUACAGGUAAUCGAUGUGAGAUUGAACAAUACUCAAGAAAUCUUUGGGUCUACGGUAUAUCGAAAGAAAAUAGGAAAGAUUAUAAUCCAUACAAUGAAGCAAUUGUACUUUGUGUAUUGGGUAUAAUAUCGUUCGUUAACAAUAUAUUAUCGUUACAAUCCUUUUUAUUUUCUAAAAAAAUCCGUCUAACGAAUCUGGGUAUAUAUUUAAUCUUAUUUUCAACAACUGGUUUGAUUAUUAGUACUAUUCAAGUUGUAUUUGCAUUUGCAAAUUUAACGUAUAAUUUUAAAGAAGUGUCGACAGCAAAUCGUUUAAUACAAUGUGCAUUAAUACGUUUAGUUGUAAAUUCAUUAAAUUUUUGCCUUUAUUGA